AUGGAGCUUGGGAGUGGAUCCAACAAAAGGAAGGUCCAGAACAAGAAGAGAAAAUCCAGAAGAAAUAAAUUGGAGUUUCUCGGAUGGGGUUCGAAGCCAUUGAUUGAAUUUCUAGAUUCAAUUGGCAAAGAAUCCAGACAGUAUUCUCAAGGAGAAGUUAACGCCAUAAUGAAUAGGUAUGUGGCUUCUAACAACCUCAUAGAUCCAACAUACAAGAGAAGUAUCCGGUGUGAUGAAAGACUUGAGAAGCUGUUUAAGAGGAAAAUAGUUUCAAGAAAGAAUCUCUCUCAUUUUCUGGAAGCUCACUUCAAAGAGAACCAUGUUGUUGUUGAUGAUGAUGCUCAGGAUAAUGCACUUCCAAAAAGCCGUUUUGCUGCCAUUAGUUCACAAAACAUUAGGCUCAUUUUCUUGAGGUUGCAAUUGGUUAUGGGCCUUCUGAAGGAAAACCCGGAAUCUUUUGAAGAUAACGUGAUGGGUAGCAUUGUUAGAAUCAAUUCUAACUCGAAGAAACGCUCAUACAAUCUUCACCAAGUUAUAGGUGUAAGCCAAUCUUCAGGAGAACCAAACCUUCGGCUCUCGAAUAUGGAAGCAGAAGUUCCAAUCUCUGAGCUAUCAGAUAGAUACUUCACAGAGGAAGAAUUAGAGGAGUUUCGUAAACAAAUGAAAGCUGGGAAGCACAAAAGGCCCACUGUUGAGGAGUUUGAAUCCAAAGCACAAUCUCUGCACAAAUUUCUUACUAAGAAUUGGAUUGAUAGAGAAUUGGUGUCGUUAAAAGAACGCAUUGAUCUUGCAAACGAAAAGGGAUGGAGAGCAGAAUAUCCUUUAUAUAUGUGCAUAAUAUAA